AAAUAAUACAAAUUAUAAGAUGUGUACGACAUUGUAGAAUUUAAAUUCGAUUAUCGAUUGAUAUCGAAACGUUCGAGAACAAUGUUAGAGAAAAACAAUGACGAUUCAAGUAGUUCUGAAGAUGAAAUAUCAAAAAAUGCAAUAAAAGAAGCAACUGAUCAUCAACUUCUAAAAGAACACUAUUUCUCUAACGAAAAAUUUAAAAACGCAGAUGUUUCUAAAAAAUCGAAUGAAUGUAAUUCAAUAGAAAUUAAUAGUGUAAUAAAUCCCAUAUCAUUAAGAAAAAAAUUAGAACAUGAAGAUACAUUUUCCAAUUUUGGUGUGACUCCAACAUUUCAAAAUUAUGUUGCAAAAAAAUUAGAUGAAAUACUAGAAAAAUCCAUUAAAAUAAAGAAGAAAAAGACAGACAAUAUUAUAAAUGAAAAAGAUAAUGAAAGUAAUAAUUAUGGUAUAAAAUUGCUCAAUUCUUCAUCAGAGUUUUUAGUAGUUGAAGAAGAUCUUCCAAAGUUUCAAAAGAAAAGAAAAAUAGAAACAAAUAUAGAUGAGAAAGCAAAUUUAUUAAAAUGCAAAGAAGUAGCUGUAGAUCCUGAACAUAUAUUAUCAAAAAUAGAUACUAAAGCUUGGACAAAUAAACGAAAAGAAAUUGAAUUUAAUUAUAAGAAAUUGAAAAAUGGUACUUUAGUCGAAAAACCUAACAAUAGGUUAGGUUCAUGAUACUAUUACUUAUAAAUUAAUUUGUAAUGCAUAUAUAUAAAUAAAUGGAUUUAUAUAUAAAUCUUAAA